AUGGUUAACCCAACCUUACGGGAAGGUUCCCCAUACGACAUAUCUUCUCGAUUUAACACGGCUUCUCCAUAUGACACAUCCCACCUGUGGAAUGCCCCCACCCCUGGCUUCCCCGGAACGCCACGCUCGCCUUCCAACUUUAGCUGUGCUUCCCUUACCCGAGUCGGCCUGGAUGACUGGGAGGAGGGAAGGGCAUAUGACGAACAGCCACCUGUCUGCAUUCACUACUCAAUCGAGUGGAAGCUUGCACUCAAUAAACGUUUUGUAACACGCGAUACGGAGCAAAACUUGGUGUUGGCCCCCAGUGCCUACUGGAACACAUUCCUUAAACCCAAACUAGAAACGCUUAUUGCGCAGAAAUUUUCUCGUGACCAGCGUGUUCGUCCUGAUGACACCGAAAUGAUUAUCGCAAUCAACGACCGCUCCGAACAUAACCUUACUAAGCGGUUUGAGAAAACCGAAAUCGAGUGGUCUCUCGUAGAAGAUCAGCUAAUGAAAUGGGGCGAUUUAUUCCGCGCUGGGAAGAAACUCAGGCUAAUCAUUACAUUUUAUUAUCUUGGGGACAACCAAUCACGUCUGAAAAAGGGAGAAAAAAGAGGGUCAUCAGCGACUCAAAGGAUGCGAGGAGAGAUGGAGGAUCAGCUUAGUGCUGAACGCACCUCUGGCUCGUCUAGUUCUUGGCGGCAGGUCUAUCAACUAAUGCGUUGUCGUGACAAGAACUGUAAGCAAGGAGUGCACUGCUUUGAAGACCUUGUGACCCAUAAACACUACCCGUUGACUCAGCAUCACCUCGCGAGUCUCAGAGAUUUUGUUGACAAUGAUGGUACCUUGCGUACGGAAGAUGACAUCCCUGAUUGGUUUCAAGAACAACUGAAGGCAGAAGAAAGAGUGUUGAAAACAAAGUCCAAGGAUAAAGAUUCACCCGUAAGUAAGGGCACUUACUCUCUAAUUCAGAUUGUUGUGCCUGCGCAACCGCUGUUAUCCUCUGCUUCAGCCACAACACCUGCGGGAGUUCCAGAUACAUCAUCUGCCAGCACACGACGGUGCAAGCGACUUGAAAUUCCGGGACCUCGAGAUAUAGCACUCAGGAACUACAGCACAGCCAAUCGUUUUGUUGACGCUGAUGACAUUCUCGACUGGGUGGAAAAUUAUAUGGAUCAUUCUUAG